AUGGCAAUUAUGUACGAUGAUUGGGAGGAAUCACAGUGUUGUGAGGCGUUCAAAUCUGCCAAACCAGUCAUACAGAUUGAUGGAACGCAUUUAUAUGGUAAGUACAAAGGCAAAUUGUUGGUGGCCACUGCCCAAGAUGGAAAUGAUGAAUGUUUACCAAUCACUUUUGCCAUCGUUGAAGGUGAAACAUUGGAAGCAUGGGACUAUUUUCUUGUUAAUAUUCGUGCUCAUGUUACUGACAUGUCAAACAUAUGCCUGAUCUUUGAUCGUCAUCGUAGCAUAAUAUCUGCUGUGGAGAAUAACCCUAAUUGGCUGCCACCAAAUGCAUAUCACGUGUUUUGUAUUCGUCAUAUUGCAAGCAACUUCAAUCAAAAGUUUCAGAAUGAGGGUUUGAAGCGGAUGUUAAAGAAUUUAGUCUAUACUCCAGCCAUGGUUGAUUUUGAAAGAAAUCUUGCGAGAUUCCGUGAGACUAGUCCUCAAAUUGCUGAGUGGAUUGAUGCCAUCCCUAAGGAAAAGUGGUCGCGUGCCUACGAUCUUGAAGGACGCAGGUACUGGCAUAUGACAACAAAUUUGGCAGAAUCUGUGAACAGGGUUUUGAAGGGGGCUAGAAAUAUGCCGAUAACUGCAUUGGUUAAGCACACAUAUAGCAGAUUAGUUCAUUAUUUUGUUGAGAGAGGUACAUCUGCCGUUGCGCAACUUCAAUCAGUUAAUCGUCAUUGCAAAGAUGUUGUUGAAUUGGUCAAGAAGAAUCAGGUACAUGCAAAAGGUCAGCAUGUUCGUGCAUACAACGUGGAACAUACUGUCUUCGAGGUUUAUGCAGGUUGGGAUCGUUCAUAUUUUGUCAAUCUCCCACGGAGAUUUUGUCAAUGUGGAAAGUUUAAGGCCUUUAAGUACCCGUGUAGUCACGCUAAUGCUGUUGCUUUAAGUGUUAGACAGAGUCCUUUCACGUAUGUAGACGAUGUCUUCUUGACAACUAAGUUGGUCGAGGCUUAUUCUUUUCCGUGGGAGCCAAUUGGAAACAAGGAAGCAAUUUCCACCAAGUACAGGUCCAAAGAUUAUUCCUGA